GAAGUUAAUAACCGGUCAAUCAUUAAAAAAAAAAAAAUCCAAUAUGGCAUAUUCAACUUUUAUAAUAAUUGUCGUUACUUCAACUGCCCUGGCCACAACGCAACACGAAAGUACGUUUGAUUUCAAGAAGGAGCAACAGAACACCGAUUCGAAAAACAUGAAUCUUUACGGAAAAAUUAACACUUCAGAGUCCACAAAACCCUGCAACUGUGUGUUGACAACAUGUCAUUGCUCCGGCAGUGGACUUCAAUCCAUCCCUGACAAUUUGCCCACGUACAUCACGGUUCUAGAUCUUUUCACAAAUAGCAUAGAGCUGCUUCCGAAUAAAACUUUUUGCGUGUACCCGACGCUGCAGAUUUUGAUUCUGGAAGCCAAUCAAAUCAACCGCCUGAAUACCGAGUCAUUCGUCUGUCUCUCCAAGUUAAUAUUUCUCAAUCUGAGGAACAACAGCCUAGAGAUGACACGGGGAACUUACCCUAGAGGCGUCUUCAAGCCUCUCAACUCUUUGCUAGUGCUAUACAUCAACUUAGGCACGAAGAAAUCCCUAGACACUUAUGAGUACCCUGACGAAGCCCUGGGAGACCUGACCACGCUUCGAGUUCUCCACAUGGACGGCAUCAGCAACAAAACUUUUGGGGAAGGCUUCAUUGCGAUGAAGUCACUUCGUACCCUGAGUUUAUCCGGGUUUGAGGGAUUCUGCAACCUGAGUAUACUAAGCAGGGAGACAUUUGUCAAUCUGAGCCAGCUUACGAAAUUAAACAUAAGCAGCUGUCAUAUGAAACAUACUUCGCUGCCGAAAGACAUCUUCCUCCCUCUCAAGAAACUCAUGGUACUUGACAUCCACAACAACUACUUGAUCGGGUUAGAGAAAUUCACUCAAGUCAUGUCCGUCCUAAAAGAGUCCAAGUCCGAUCUCCGUGCUCUAAUUGCCACUGCCGUCAUUAGCCGUUUCUCAUUAGGAAUAACCGUGAAUUCAUCGCUGGCUGACGUUUUGCCCACAAAUCUAACUUUUCUUGAGGCAAGGAAUAAUUGUUUUGAAUACAUCGACGCAGACGUAUUUGCCAAACUACCACGGCGCCUCAGAUAUGUUGAAAUGGGAUCAAAUAGAUUUGUAUUUGGAGAUUAUGUCAAGAAAUUGAUAUUACUAAAAAACUUAGAAAUAUUAAAGUUAAAUGGCUGGAAUUUUCUCUCAAAUAUUCCAGUUAAUUUCCCGCAUUUGCAAGCAGAGACUUUGUUCUUUGAUGAGAAUUUUCCGGACAACGGCGUGGAUGAAAAGGAAAAAUUGAAUCUAACAUUCCCGUUAAAACUGAACACAAUCGAUAUAUCAACGGCUGGAUUGAAAUACAUCCUUACCGAGCUUGAGGUGAAUUCGGCAAACAAUGUGGAAAAUUUAAUUCUCAGUAACAACUAUUUUCCUACUCUGACAGGUCCUUUUCGUGGUUUUAACAAGUUGAAAUACUUAGAAAUAAGACGCGUGCUGGUUUCGGAAAUCCGGCCAGCAUUUUUCAAGUACUUUCCUUCUCUCCUAACUCUGAAUCUCGAAGGCAACAACCUCGCAGAUUUAUUCGAAAAAAAUGCCCAUGGUAAUUUUUCCCUCUUCGAAGAUCUCUCAAAUCUUACAAGUCUGGAUUUAUCAGAGAACCAGCUGAGAAGCCUGCCGCGAGAUAUGUUCAAAGGUCUUGACAACUUAGAAAUCCUCAAUCUGCAAGGUAACAGUAUGUGGAAUUUCACCGUCAGCAUAUCCCAUAUGCGCAAGCUGAAACUGCUGAAUCUGUCGAGAUCGGAGAUAACGCACUUUCCCCUCGACAUCAGACAUCAUAUUGAUACACUGAGUAACACAACGGCCGGCGUUCAAGUUGAUCUAUCUCUCUCGCCGUUACGUUGCGACUGCGAGAACUUCGAGUUUCUGCAAUGGAUGGUCAAAUCUCCAGCCUUCGACCAGAGCUUUUCACAGUACAUGUGUUCCGAUGAUAAUGAUACGAUCAAGUGUAUACGCGACCAAUAUUCGGAAACGCUCCGGUCUCUGGGGAAAAAGUGCCCCGAGCACGGCACGUUGUUUUCGGUUGUCUUGGCUGGCACUUUGUGCCUGUUGUCUUUUGUAUUGAUUGGAGCUUUAUACAGGUGAGUUUCUUUACUGGUUUUCAUGAGAUAGUGAUCAAUUGAUAGUGAUCAUAGUGAUCAAGAGAUAGUGAUCAGGAGAUAGUGAUCAGAAGAUAGUGAUCUGUACUACAUAUCACUAAUCUCAUGAUCACUAUUUCCUGACUACAUAUCACUAUCUUCUGAUCACUAUAAUCGCCUGAUCACUAAUUAAUGUAGAUAGGGAUAAGGCGAUAGGGAUAAGGCGAUAGGGAUAAGGAGAUAGGGAAAAGGAGAUAGGGAUCAGUAGAGUGUGAUAAAGAGAGAGUGAUCAGGAGAUAGUGAUAAAGAGAUAGGGAUGAGGGGAUAGGGAGAAAGAGAUAGUGAUAAGCAGAUAGGGAUUAAGAGAUUAUGGAUCAGAAGAAAGGGAUAAGUAGAUAGUUAUAAAAAGAUAGUGAUCAGGAGAGAGAGAUAAGGAGAGAGUGAUCAGGAAAGAAUGAUAAAGAGAUAGGGAUCAGGAGAUAUAGGGACAAUGAGAAAUAGGGACAAGGAGAUAUGGAUAAAUAGAUAGGGAUCCUGAGAUAGGGAUCAGUUGAUAGCGAUAAGGAGAUAUGGAUCAAGAGAUAGGGAUUAGGAGAUAUCGAUCAGGAGAGAGAGAGAUAAGGAGAUAGGGAUAAGGAGAUAGCGAUAAGGAGACAGGGAUCAGGAGAGAGAGAAUGAUCAUGAGAUAAUGAUAAGGUUAUAGGGAUGAGGAGAGAGAGAUAGAUUUAUCAGAAGAGAAUGAUGAGAUAGGGAUCAGGAGAGAGUGGUAAGGAGAUAUUGAUAAUGAGAUAGUGAAUAAAAGACCUUGACAGCUUUAUUGCUCUUAAAUUUGCAUUCAAACCACUGCCGGCUGAGGUAUCUUAAAGGGCGAUCCAUUGACGGAUGAGAAAGUCAGGAGUCACCUGGGGUGUCUCUAACACUAGACACUCACUUUUUCUAAUGCUUUGGUGCGCUGAGAAUUCGAUAAGGAAGUGGUUAUUCGGACCCGGGUCCGAGAAGUUAGAGGUUGGGAUUAAAAUUUUAAAAAAAUAUAUUAUUGUUCGGUUGUAAAACAAAAUUUGGUAUCAAAUGAAAGACAAUUGAAGUGCCUAUAUGUUUGUAAACUUAAGUCUUCAGUUUAACUAAAAUAAACUACCACAAGUGAUAUCCGAAUAGCAUUAGUCUAAAGGGACCCGGGUCCGAAUAGCGGCGAUGCGUUUCCGGUUCCAUUUUACUAAAUGCUAUUUGGAUGUCAUUUGUGGUAUUUAAUCUAGUUAAACUUAAGAAGUAAGUUUACAAACAUAUAGUCCAUUCAAUUAUCUUUCAUUUAAUAACAAAUUUUGUCUUACAAACCCAACAAUAAUUUUAACAUUAUUUUUUAAUAAACCCAAACUCUCGCUUCUCGGACCCGGGUCCGAAUAGCCGCAGCCAUUCGAUAAAGCAACGGCAGAAUGCUUAGCUUCGAAAUUAAAUUUCAACAUUUUUACCAUUACCAGUCACCACAGCUGGCACACUGAGACUGGAGAAUUUAAGAAAAUUGUCGAGAGCUACAGGAAAACAAAGUCAAGUACUGUCAAGUGUUGUUUUAAUUCCACAAGUUAACUCUGAAUCUUUAACCACUAAAUCGGCUAAAUGACUAAUUCUUUCACUUUGGUUAAUAUCUGAAAACAUCAUUAAAAAAAAAAAUUUACAAUAAUGUUUUGGUAGGCUCAAAAUACAAGUGUAGGUUUUAUUAACGUGGCUACAGAAGAAUUGAAAGCACACAGCACCGAGAUUUGGGAAAGCAUUUCAUUUUCACAAGACAUGAAUUUCAAUCUAAAAUAUUUCCUGGGCACUAGCGUAGGAAGAGCGAAGGGGGAAGAAAUUCCAACCCCCGGGGGGGGGGGGGGGGUGGUGUCAUGAUUUUAAAGGGGCGGAAAUUUCAGCCCAUUGCAACGAAAUAUAAUAAUGAUGUUCUUUUUAUAGGGUUCAUGCAGCGGUCCACAACCUGUGGGUCACGACCCCUUCGGGGGGGAGGGGGGGGGGGGGGGGGGGGGGUCGAACGACCCUUUCAUAGGGGUAGCCUAAGACCACCGGAAAACACAUAAACUCCACCGUUGUGGUUGGGGGUGGCCACAACAUGAGGAACUGUAUUAAAGGGUCGCGGCAUUAACAAGGUUGAGAACCACUGGGUUAAUGUUUGAUGUGUUUUCUUCAUAGUUUCUUACUUUACAAAAACACACACACACACAAAAAGUAAUAAAAUAAAUUCUUUACCCUCAGUUAAGGGGCGGAAAAUUCAAUAACAGCCCAGGGCGUCAUAAACUCCAGCCACUCAACUGUUUGUGUGAUAGUACACAAUGCUACAACCCCCGCCACACACCAAAAAAAAAAAUAUGUUACAUACCGGUAAUCAAAGUGCUCUUAAAAAAAACAGAAAAAAAAACAACAACAAACCAACUGUUACCUAUUGGUAAUUUUUGAACUGAAUGAAACUAUUACGUUUCAGAUUUCGCUGGAAGCUUCGCUAUCUGUACUACAUGGCGUACCGAAAUCUCAAUGUCCGAGACAACGCACAGCGGCUUGGAAACUUUCGGUACGACGUGUUCGUCUCAUAUGCCAGUGAGGAGGAGGGAUUUGUCAUGUCUCAUGUAAUGAGAGGUGAGCGUUUGUCUCAUGGGACAGUGUAAGGACGAGGGAUUUGUCAUGUCUCAUGUAAUGAGAGGUGAGCGUUUGUCUCAUGGGACAGUGUAAGGAUGAGGGAUUUGUCAUGUCUCAUGUAAUGAGAGGUAAGCGUUUGUCUCAUGUGACAGUGUAAGGAUGAGGGAUUUGUCAUGUCUCAUGUAAUGAGAGGCAAGCGUUAGUCUCAUGUGACAGUGUAAGGAUGAGGCAUCUGUCAUGUCUCAUGUAAUGAGAGGCAAGCGUUUGUCUCAUGUGCCAGUGAGGAGGAGGGAUUUGUCAUUUCUCAUGUAAUUUGAGGUAAGGGUUUGUCUCAUAUUGAAGUGAGGACGAAGGAUUUGUCUUUUUUUUCAUACAUAUAUAUAUAUAUAAAGAAUAAUCAUCAUUUGAAGUUACUUUAGACAUUGCUACUGGGGGUUUCGGGGGGGGGGGGGGGGUGUAGUUUGUUUUUUUUUUUUCGAGUCAAAGUAUCUUUGAAAAGCACUGAAAGAACUUCCAUGGUUCCGGUAGAGGAUAUUGAUAGCACCCUACGUCGAAGUCAUGACUUUUGGAGGCCAUCCUGCCAGUUUUAGGUUUUAUUUUUUCCCCGUUACAGAGUUGUGUGCCCGUGGUCUGACUCUUUGCAUACACGGACGAGAUUUCUCAGUCGGAGACUACAUCGCCUCGAACAUCGUCACAGCCGUCCACGAGAGCAGGAAGACGCUGGUGGUCCUCACGCAGAAGUUCGUGGCCAGCAAGUGGUGCAACUAUGAGCUCCAAGUAAGUCCGAGCGAAGUCGUCGUAGGCCAACAUCAAAUUACACGGCUCGAAAUGUAAACCGACUACAAAAAAAAAAAAGUUCGUUUAAAUAAAAGCUAUACACUUUAUGAAUGUAAAGAUGGAACACAUUAUAUAUUUCCAGAAGCAUUUAUGGCAAUUUCUUAAUACAUUAAAAGCAAAGUUUUUUUGUUUUUGUUUUUAUCAAAGAAAUGCAAUCCGAUCAAAUUUUUGUGACCCGUACAAAAUAGUUUUCAUUAGAAUUCGUGUGUUUACAAUAUUUGUAUGGGACUUACCAACUUCAAUACAAAAGUGUUCUGUUGAACCGGAGACGCCUACCGCAAGGUGGUCUUAAAGAAUAUUACUAAGUAUAAAAGUAUAAAUUUUCAAUACAACUUCAGAGGUUUUACAGUCAUGUGACUAAAAAAAUAAAAAAAAUAAAGCACUAGGCGUCCACGAAACACAAUGAUGUCGUAUGACUUGACAAACACAGCGUUGGACUUGUUUGCGUAACACAGCGUUGGAUACGUUUGCAUUGAAUAAGAAGAUGUUAUGCCGCACAAUUUUUUGUUACAGGCUAUUUAGUCACGGAAAUAAGAGUUCUCACAGCUGCCUUGCAUAACUGUUGUAUGCUCCCAUCGAUCGUGAUCUUGACGAGUGGGAAGAAGUUAGCGAUACCGCUGCGUGCGUGUCUUUGCGAUUUGCAAACAACAUUGAGUUCAUGGGCACUCCACUGUUUUUUUAAAUAUUUUUUUUUUAGUCAUAUUGCUGUAAAAACUCUGAAGUUUUGAGGGGACAUUUAUUUUAUACUUCGUAUUCAAUGCUGCGACCGCGUUAUAUCAGAAUUCCCGUUACUUCAGGCAAUUCUUUUAUGGGGCUCUACUGUAUUAACUUAGGUGAUCGAAAUGUGUUACAUUAAUUUCUAAUUAUUUUUUUUUUCCAGAUGGCCAACAUGGAGUCUGUCCACACUGGACGUCAAGUACUGGUCAUUUUAAUUAAAGAAUCCAUCCCGUCCCGUGACCUGGGCACCGACCUCCUGUACCACAUCAGGAGCAACACCUACAAACUCUACCCGCAGGCCGAUGAACGCGAGGAAGAAGCAGUAUUUAAAGGCUUUUGGGAUAAACUAGCUCAUGACAUUAAAGUAUAAUUUAAUCCCAAAACUCAUGUUUUGAAAUACUUGAUUUUAUUUAAAAAACUCUAUUCAUUAUCUAUAUACUAAAUUGUAGAUGAAAUCUCUAUCUAAUGGGAUUUUGUUUGUUUGUUAUUGGUUUUUAUUUUAGGUAUGAUUUUGAAUAACAAAUGUGACAAAUUUAAGAGAGAUUUUACGACAAUACUGACAAUACAUUACAACCACCAACAUGGGUCCCUGUGUUUCUUCCACUAAUCACUAAUGUGA